AUGUGCGGGGCCAACGACCUGCCAAAUAAAGGUGGUGGAAGUGUAAACCAGCUCGGAGGGAUGUUUCUCAACGGCAGACCUCUUCCGGAGUCCAAAAGGAGGAAAAUGAUCGAGCUGGCCUCGGAGGGAGUCCGGCCGAGCCAGAUCUCCAGGAUUCUGCGGGUUUCCAACGGGUGCGUCAGUAAAAUCCUGAGCCGCUACCAGCGCACUGGACUCCUGCAGCCGAAAACCAUCGGGGGGAGCCGGCCUCGCCUCCUCACCCCCGGGGUCAUCACCACGAUCAUCCAGUGCAAAAGGGAAAAUCCAACCAUAUUUGCCUGGGAAAUACGGAAACGACUCUCAUCAGCACGAAUAUGCAAAGCCUCCAAAGUUCCCAGCGUGUCGUCUAUAAAUCGAAUUUUAAGGAAGAUUCACUUGGACCAUGGACCGAUGUGCAUGGAGAACAAUGCCCGCAUCAGGACUGAGGAUGAUUUAGAUUCUCUGAUUCAAGAAGAGGUGAACGAGAGAAAGAUGUUUGAGGCCGUAUGCAGCAGCGACCAGAGGCCUAAAGGUGUUCAGCAGAGGAACCGAACCACCUUCACCCCGGAGCAGAGCACGGCUCUAGAGCAAGAGUUCUCUCACAGCCAGUAUGCAGACAUGUACAUGAGAGAGAAACUCUCCUCCCAAAUCAAACUCCCUGAGGAUACAAUCAAGGUCUGGUUUUCAAACAGAAGGGCCAAAUGGAGGAGGGAGGCCAAACACAGAUGUGCCGCACAGAAUCUACAGAAGCAAAGAGACGUUGUCCCUGUGAAUCCAACACUACCACACAGCUUCACAUCUCAACAGUCUAAUAACACGAUGGCCCAAACCAUGGCUGACAAGACUCCACUAGAUAUUCUCCACAGAGACAGAUUCACUUGUCCAUUGGUCCAGCAUCACACUGACUCAAGGACAACCCUGCCGUUAGCAGCUGAGACCCUCAGAGCCCACCUCCCUGUGAUUCAGUGCUGGAACCAGCCGGGCAUCUCUUUCACAUGGAGUCAGUUCCAACCAGAUGAGAGGUUUCUAUUAUCACAGCAGCCCUGGGAUGUGAACGCCUAUCUGGACUAA